AUGACUCUCAGAGAAGAACCAAUGGCCUGCAGUUUAGGCAUGGUGAUGAGUGCCUUGUUUUGGUCUGUAGCCAUUGUGUAUUUGACUCAUAUUGACAGAGUCAAUGGAGACUGCUGGCUAAUUGAGGGUGAAAAGGGCUUUGUAUGGCUUGCGAUUUGUAGCCAAAACCAACCACCUUAUGAGGCCAUCCCACAGCAUAUCAACAGCACCAUUGUGGACCUUCGUCUGAAUGAAAACAAAAUCAAAAGUAUCCAUUAUUCUGCCCUUAGUCGCUUUGCCAACUUGACUUACCUGAACCUGACUAAGAAUGAAAUCUCCUACAUAGAGGAUGGGGCCUUUUCUGCUCAGUUUAACUUACAAGUCCUUCAAAUGGGCUUCAACAAGUUGCGGAACCUGACAGAGGGGAUCCUCAGGGGUUUAGGAAAGCUGCAGUACCUCUACCUCCAGGCAAAUCUGAUUGAGACUGUGACACCCAAUGCCUUUUGGGAAUGCCCCAACAUUGAGAACAUUGACCUCUCCAUGAACCGAAUCCAGCAGUUAGAUGGAUCCACGUUUACCAGUUUGACUAAACUUACCACCUGCGAGCUGUACACAAACCCUUUCAACUGCUCCUGUGAAUUACUUGGUUUUGUCAAAUGGCUCUCAGUUUUCCCUAACAGGACAAAUGAGCGGAUGGUGUGUGACUCCCCACCUGGCGUCUCUGGUUAUAGUUUAUUGAGCCAGAUUCCUAACAAGCCAACAUAUCGAAAUGCUCUCCACCUGCUCACCACUGUGUGUACUGAUGACUAUGUGACACCAUUUUUUCCUAUGCCCAUAGAGCCCACAACCCCUCCUCCGGACAUGACACUUUGUGGGCUAGAGGAUUGUCCAUCAGGGACAGAACCAGAAGACAUUACAAUCAGUACAACCUACAGUGAUGUAGAAACAAACCCUGUGAUGAAACUGAAGCAAGUAACGAAUACAGGGGCCACCAUCACUGUUCAGAUUCCUCAUCCCUACAAGAAGAUGUACAUCCUGGUUCUGUACAACAACAGCUUCUUUACAGAUAUCCAAAACCUGAAAGAUAUAAAGGAGGAUAUUGAACUAAAAAACCUUAAACCCCACACGAACUACACAUACUGUGUUGCUUCAAUUCGUAAUUCUCUUAGACACAACCACACUUGUCUGACAAUCACUACUGGCCCUUGGAAUGGAAAGGGUAGAGUCGUAAACAAUGCAACUGCUACUCACUACAUUAUGACCAUUUUAGGCUGCCUCUUUAGCAUGGUAAUUUUUUUGGGGGUGGUCUACUACUGCUUGAGAAGAAAGCGUCAGCAAGAUGAAAAGCACAAAAAAGCAGGAAACCUGAAGAAAAAUAUUAUGGAACUCAAAUAUGGACAAGAACUGGAAGGAGGGACUAUUUCUCGAAUGUCUCAGAAGCAGUUGUUGGUCGGGGACAGCAUGGCUCGUAUGCCAUAUAUACCAUCUGCAAGUGAAAUGGAGCAGUACAAAUUUCAUGAUAUGAGUGAUACUCCUAAAAUGAUGAAGGGGAAUUACAUGGACGUGCGAAGUGUGGACCACCAUGAACGCAGGGAGUGUGACAUGGGAAUGCCUGGGAAUAGCCAGGGGUCAGUGGCAGAGAUUUCCACCAUUGCAAAAGAGGUGGAUAAAGUCAAUCAGAUAAUUAACAACUGUAUAGAUGCUCUGAAGUCAGAAUCCACGUCCUUUCAAGGGGGGAAAUCUGGAGCAGUGUCGACUGCAGAGCCCCAGCUCGUACUAUUAUCUGAACACCCACAGAGUAAAAAUGCCCUUCUGUCCCCAGUGUAUAAGGACAGCUACCAUCAUUCUCUGCAGAGGCAUCGGACUUCAGAUGUCUCGCCAAAGAGGCCCAGCACUGCCACAGGAGGGCCCAUGCGAAGCCCCAGGCCUUAUCGCUCGGAUUCCAAGUACACAGAGAAAACCACCCCAACAGGAGAGACCAUCCUCACUGUAACACCUGCUGCCGCUAUCCUGAGGGCUGAGGCGGAGAAGAUCCGUCAGUACAGCGACCACCGGCACUCGUAUCCCGACGCUCAGAUAGAGGAGCUUGAAGGACCUGACGGCCACAAGUCCUCCAUGUUGGAGCCUCUUACUCACUCCCGCUCCAGAGACUUAGCAUAUUCUCAGCUCUCAUCUCAGUAUCACAAUCUGAGCUACUCCUCGAGUCCCGAAUACUACUGCAAACCUUCACACACCAUCUGGGAGCGAUUCAAGCUCCACCGGAAGCGGCACAAAGAUGAUGAAUACAUGGCUGCGGGCCAUGCGCUGCGCAAGAAAGUCCAGUUUGCAAAGGAUGAGGACCUGCAUGAUAUUUUAGACUACUGGAAAGGUGUAUCAGCCCAACAUAAAUCAUAA